ACGCCGUGGGGGUGAUGUUUAUCGACAUAACAAACUUAAACACCAGUUUGAUGUAGAAGGGGUUGCCCCCAUUUCCACCUCUAAUAUGGUACCCCAAACAGGGCCGACCCGCAUUACCUUUCAAAAUACGCGGGAACAGCUACGUCCCUCUUCCAGCCCCCCCACGCCCAGCCACCACCUAUCAUCUCCGCACAUUAGCCACCGCCGCCAGAUCUAGUCGGGAAACCGCCAAUCACAGUCUCUCUGCAAAUGGCCGAAACCCCAAUCAGGGGAUCUCACAAAACCCCCCAAAAACAGCAACCCAUAUCAGAUUCAUCGCCUCCGUGCCAUGCUCUGCCGCCUACUCCUCAAACCCUAGACCCCACGCCUCGCCGCCGCUCCCUCCGCCUGACCUCCUCCACACCUCAAGCCUCAACACCACAUCCGGCUACUCCCGCUACCCGCGAAUCCUCUCGCCGGAAGUCUCUCAAGUUCUCAUCCCAAAAUGUCAAUAAUUUAUCUAAUCAGAAACAGAAAAGUACCGAUUCUUCCGCCAUUUUAGCCCCUCCACCAACACCGUCAGAGGCUGUUCGGUCUGGGAGAAAACGGAAAUGUACUGAAUCGGUAAAUUCCCGUUUGGAGAAAACUAGGGCUUCCAAAUCUGGGAGAAAGAGGGUUUAUUACAAAAAGGUGGUUUACGAUGGGGGCGAGUUUUCAGUGGAGGAUGAUGUCUACGUCAAGAGGAAAGAUGGGGCGAGCUCAGAAGAUGAAGAUCCAGAGGUGGAAGAAUGCAAGGUUUGCUUUAGGGCUGGCAACAGUGUGAUGAUUGAGUGUGAUGAUUGCUUGGGUGGGUUUCAUUUGAGGUGUCUAAACCCUCCCCUGAAAGAGGUUCCAGAAGGAGAUUGGAUUUGUGGCUUUUGCGAGGCCAGGAAAUCUGGGAAAUCCGUGGAAUUGCCAGUCCCUCCCAAGGGGAAGAAAAAGGUUAGGACAUUGAGGGAGAAGCUUCUUUCCAGUGAACUGUAUGCAGCCAGAAUUCAGAGCAUAUGGAAAGAAGUGGAUGGCACUUACUGGUUUAAGGCCAUUUGGUAUAUUAUUCCGGAAGAAACUGCCGCUGGACGGCAACCACAUAACUUAAGGAGGGAGCUUUACCGCACUAAUGACUCUGCUGAUGUUGAGAUGGAAUCUGUCAUCAGGCACUGUUUUGUUAUGGCUCCUAAAGAAUUUUCCAAGGCAAACAAUGAAGGAGAUGAUGUUUUUCUAUGUGAAUAUGAAUAUGAUGUACAUUGGGAUAGUUUCAAACGUAUUGCUGACAUUGACGAUGGUGAAGAGGGUUGUGAUGAAGAUGAGAGUGACUGGGAGCAGAAUUCUUGUGAAGGUUCUGGUUCUGACAAUGAAAAUGAUUUAGAAUAUGAAGAUGAGAAUAAACAUAAUUUAUUUAAUAGACAAGUUCCAGCUCAUCCAUUGGCUGCGAAUUCCCGGAAGGGGCGAAUUUUCGGACUCCAAAAAAUAGGAGCAAAGAAAAUUCCAGAUCAUGUAAGAUCCCACAAGCUGACAGAUCUUGAAAAGGCAAAAGCAGCCCUUCUAUUGGCAACACUUCCUAAGUUUUUACCUUGUAGGAAUAGAGAAAUGGAAGAGAUAACUGCAUUUAUAAAAGGUUCCUUAUGUGAAGAUCAAUGCCUAGGAAAGUGCCUCUACAUUCAUGGUGUCCCUGGGACUGGAAAGACAAUGAGUGUGUUGGGAGUAAUGAGGAACCUCAAAUCCGAGGUUGAAACAGGAGGUGUUAAGCCUUACUCUUUCAUCGAAAUUAAUGGUCUAAAGUUGGCCUCACCUGAAAGCAUUUACAGUGUUAUUUAUGAAUCAUUAACUGGACACAGAGUUAGUUGGAAAAAAGCUCUUAAGCUUUUGAAUGAUAAAUUCUCAAAUGGAACUGAGCGUGGCAAAGAGGAUAGCCGCCCAUGUAUUCUUCUUAUUGAUGAACUCGAUCUUCUUGUAACUAGGAGCCAGUCGGUCCUAUACAACAUUCUCGAUUGGCCUACCAAGCCACAUUCAAGACUAAUUAUUAUAGGGAUAGCUAACACUAUGGAUCUUCCGGAGAAGUUGCUGCCUCGCAUUUCAAGUCGUAUGGGCAUUCAAAGAUUAUGCUUUGGUCCAUACCAUUACCAGCAACUUCAAGAAAUAAUUUUAACUCGUCUAAAUGGAUUAGAUGUCUUUGAAAAGCCUGCAAUUGAAUUCGCUUCAAGAAAGGUGGCUGCUGUUUCAGGGGAUGCCCGCCGUGCAUUGGAAAUAUGCAGACGUGCUGCAGAACUUGCGGAUUACCGUUUUAAGAAAGUCUGUCCUUCUGCAGCAGGAAAAACACUAGUUGGCAUGGCUGAAGUUGAAUCCGCUAUUCAUGAAAUGUUUCAGGCCCCUCAUAUUCAAGUGAUGAGAAGCUGCUCAAGAUUCAGUAAGAUCUUCUUGGCUGCUAUGGUUUAUGAGCUUCACAAAACCGGAAUGAGCGAAACCACCUUUGAUGAGCUGGGAGCGACGGUUGCAGUUCUUUGCACAAGCAACAAAGAAAAAUUUCCAGGUUGGGAUUCACUCCUAAAAAUUGGAUGCAAGCUUGGAGAGUGCAGAAUAUUAUUGUGUGAACCAGGAGCAAAACACAAGCUGCAAAAAUUACAACUUAACUUUCCCAGCGAUGAUGUGACUUUUGCACUUAAAGACAGCGAGGAGCUACCAUGGUUGACCAAGUAUUUAUGAUUCAUUGUACUUUAGUAGGAAAAAAAUGGAGUACUGUAACGUUUAUUGUGGUACAUAUAGGCUUCGUUUGGUACAUGGAAUUCAAACUAUGGAAUUCAAACUUAUAUUUUUUCAUGAAUCCAUAUGAUGCAUAUGUUGUUCUUUUCAUUAGCAACAUCUCACCAAUAGUUCAUAAUAACAGCCCUAUUCCAUA